AUGUCUGACUUAUUGAAUAAAUAUAGAGAACCAAGAUCAAAUAAUGGAGUUUUGAGGUCUAGUCCGGCUCGACGGGUGUCAUCAUUAUAUCCAAAAUUAUCAUCACUAGAUAGAGAUCGAUCAGAUUCUUUAAAUCAAGAUCGAUACAGAACAACAUCAAGGUUAAGAAAUGAAGAAGUAAUAAAUGAUCGCUCAUAUAGACCAUCUACAACUUCAUCUUUAGCUCAAAAAUACAAUUACUCAUCGCAAUCAAGAAUCAAUAAUCCGUCAACAUUCCAACUGGACAGUUUUGCUUCUAGAAUAAGGAAAUACGAUUUAGAUGAUAAUAUUGGAAAUAGUUCAACAGAGAAACCUAGUAGAUAUUUAGGUUCACCUAUAAGGACAUUGAAUGGUUCAGUACGAAGACGAGAUCCGUCUUAUAAUAAAAAUAUAUUGAGCACAGACAAUUAUAGAAUAUCAAAGCCUUCACAACCAACACAUGGUAAUGGAUUUUUAUCAAAACUUGUUAAUUUCUUUACUGCAAAUGAAGAUGAAUAUGAUGAAUCAGAAGGAAGUAAAUACUUCAUAAAGUCACCAAAAAAGGUUUCAUUUGAUAAAUUUGAUGAAGUUGAUGAAGUUAUAAAUAGAGGUAAAUUAAGAGAACAAGAAGAAGAAAUGGAAAAUUAUAGAACGUUGAAACGUGAUCAUGAUGAAAUUUUAUCACAACUUCAGAAUGAAAAAUAUGAAAAUACAAAAUUAUAUUCAGAAUUACAAAAUUACAAGCUAAAGUUUAACGAAAUUGAAAAUGAAUUGUUUAACAAAAAUGUGGAAAUUGAUCAAAUUCAAAUAAAGCAUAGAAAAGAAAUUGAUAAAUUAAAUCAAGAUUUUGAUGAUGAAAAUAAUAGACUAAAAGCAUUUUACGAGAAGAAUCUAAAAACUUUAGAAACAACAAUUGAAAAAAAUAAUCAUUUACAUGAACAACAGUCCAAAACUCAAAAGCAGGAGAUUACAAGUUUGGAGAAGAAAAUUCAAGAAUUAGAUGAGAAAUUAUUUGAUAUAAAUUUUGAACUAAAACAACAAACUAAAGAACUAAAUGCACAAAUCUCCAAAAACAAUUCCAUUCAAGUGGAAAUGUCAUUAAAAGAAAGAUUCAAAUCAUCAAAGUUGUCAGAAGAAGAAGUUAACAAAUAUUUCAUAAAUUCUUCGAAAAUUGAGCAAGAAAUUGAAAAAAUUAAUCAAAAAAUUGGUAAUCAUUAUUUGAAUGAAUCAGCUAUAUUAUCGAAUUUUCAAAAAACUGAAUCAAAUAUUGAGAGAAAUUUGAAAAUAUUGAAUGAUAUGAUACAAUCAUUCAAUUUCAAUCAACUAUCAAGUUGCGAAAGAUAUUAUGACCAAGCAUUUGAGUUUUUGAAUUCAACAUCAUCAUCUUUGAAUGAAUCUAUAGGUGAACUAAAGCAAUCAAACAAUAUCGACUAUGAACUAUUGCUAACUGAAUAUUUAAGUUUGAAACGAUUAAAUGAGUUAAGUUAUAGAUUAUGCAAUGUGAAAGAAUUAAUUAAUGAUUGUAAAAUUCUUAAAGAAUUUACUGCUAAUGACAAUAUAGAUAUUCAUAACAUUUAUUUCAAAAUUAAAAAUGAAAUGUUUUAA